UACUGACAUUUCAAGUCACUUCAAUUCAAUAUGUUCGCCAAGUGCUUCGUCGCCGUCCUUCUCUGCGCCAUGAUCGUCGGAUCCCAUCAACAAUACGUUGUCCCAUCCUACUCGGCCGCCUAUGUUCCAUCUGCCUACGCCUACCCAUCAGUUUAUUCUCCAUACGUAGCCGCUGCAGCCUAUCCAUCAGUCUGGGCUUGGGGAUCAAACAAGAAUAAGGAUGAUGCUGCUCCACGUGCAUUUGCUCGUCCAUCUGCUCUUCUUAACAAUCAGAAGCCAACCACCGCUUGAAUUGUCGGAAAUCGAAAUUACGAACGUUUUUAUGUAAAUCUUGCAAAUCAAUCGAUCUGAAACUGCUUUUUUCAAAAAAAUUAAUAAAAUUGUAUCAUUGC